AUGCUCAGCCCGAGAAAGAACAGCGUCCCUUCCCCCAGCUUGGAGGACUCCUUUUUCCCCCUCUCGUCGUCCUCCUCCAUCUCGCUCUCCUUCGCCCUUCCGACAUCGACUUCAGAUCACAGGGGAAUCGAUAGCAGGGGAGACAUCGAGACGGACUUGAUUCUGGCGGCAGAGCUUGGACAGGCUCUGCUGGAGAAGAAUGAGGAACUGGCCGCCGCUCUGGAGGAGAAGCAGAGGGAGGUGGAGAUGGUACAGCAGCAGAAGCAUGUUCUACAAAGGAGGCUGGAAAUGAACGAACUGGCAUCCGGACAGAGGGAAGCCGAACUGAAUGGAGAUUUGGCCGCUUUACGAUCCGAGUUGGACCGCCACCACACUCAGGGACGGGACCGGCGCCGAGAUGAGAGUGAGCAGCUAACCCAGUUAUCCAACCAUAACCAACGUUUAGUGGAGCAACUAUCAGAGGCUGUGACGCUGGAACAUUCCUUGAGGACUGAGAUUCGCACGCUAAGAGAAGAGAUGGACGACUCCUCCUUUAGCCGGAGUAUAAGCUCCACACAAUUAGAAAACACUUUAGCAGAGAACCGAGUUUUGAAGGGGCGCCUUUGUCACAUGGAAACGCAGCUGAAGGCCUCCCAGGAAGCCACCGACAGGCUGCGCUCUGAGCGGGAUGUCCUGAGGGACAGAGUGUCAGAGCUGCAGGUGCAGCUGAAAGAGAAAGAAGCAGAGCUAGAGCAGGAGCAAGGGGUGGUGUUUGAGUUGCGUACCAUGAAUCGCUCUCUGCAGCAAAAUGCCCUGAGCCUGGGAGAAGAGAGCGUCCUGGACAUUACGCACACACAACCUUUGUCACUGCUUAGUGAAAUUCAGCAAUCCCAGGCCAAAGAUGCACUCCUAGCCCACUCAGUGGUACUACAAGCAAGAGAUGAUGAGAUAGCAGCGCUGAAAGAGGAGGUGCAAUCCCAACGAGAAGAACUGGAAACACUGAGGGAGGAAAUCAAGCCAUUUCGAAACAGACCAGGAGCGCCGACGUACAGUUCGCUAGAGAGCGAGUUUGCCACCGUGCGACAGGAGAAGGAAUUAUUGACCAAACAGCUUCUCAACACCAUCCAACACAAAGUGGCGCUGUCCCAAGAGCUUGACGCUUGGCAGGAGGAUAUGCGCUUGGUGAUCAAUCAACAGGUGCUGCAGAAGGAGGAGGACAGAAUAAAGCAGAUGGGACGAGAGCAAGAGAGCACAGGUGGACUCCAAAGAAGCAAAUCUUUGAAAAUGAAAGGCGAAAGAGGAAAAGGAUUCUUCUCAUCUCUUUUUAGAGACAAAUGA